GAGCGGGCGCGGGCGUCGAGGCCCGUUUCCUGCGUCGUCGCGCGUUUCGAGCCUCCGGCGGUCCUCCAAGGGGGUCUGCUGGCCAGGACACAUGGAUGCUCAUGCACCGAGCCUCAUGGAGGCUGUGACAUUUGGUGACGUGGCUGUGCACUUCUCACGGGAGGAGUGGCAGUGUCUGGACCCUGGCCAGAGGGCCCUCUACAAGGAGGUGAUGCUGGAGAACCACAGCAGUGUGGCCGGACUAGCAGGAUUUCUGCUCUUCAAGCCUGAGCUGAUCUCCCGGCUGGAGCAAGGGGAGGAGCCAUGGGUCCUCGACCUGCAGGGAACUGAGGGGAGAGAGGCGCCAAGGAUCCCCCAGACAGAUUCUGCAUUUAGCACUGAUGGUGAGCAGGCCCGUGAGGAUGUGUACAUACUGAAAUCAGAGUCCCUGGCAGCAAUGGUCAAAACCCCACCACGUGAUUCUCCUCAGAGUCCCUGCUUUGCAGAUACCUCUGUUUCUGAGGUCUGGCCAGAGAGUAAGCCGAGCUCUCUCUUCCAGAAACACUGCUUGCACACAGGGAUUGUGGCUCCCAGGAAGAUCUCUGCCAAGGAGGAUGUGCAGGGUUGUGGCGGCCUGGGUUGUCAGCCUGAUAAAAGCCAGGGGGGUUCUGCAGACGGGAUAUCCCGAAGAUGCAAUGUGUGUGGCAGGGGUUUCAUAUUCACAGUUCUGCCUCACGAAGUUAACAUACAGAAGAAACUUAACCAGUGUCAGGAAUGCCAAGAAAAGUUAUCUGAUUGUUCACAGGGGAAACCUCAAAGUAACUGCCGUGGCGAGAAGCCUUAUGAAUGUGAGGAAUGUGGGAAAGUCUUCAGGUUGUGUUCACAGCUUAAUCAGCAUCAGAGAAUCCACACUGGAGAGAAACCAUUCAAAUGCAUUGAGUGUGGAAAAGCCUUUCGCCUGAGCUCAAAACUUAUUCAGCAUCAAAGAAUUCAUACUGGAGAGAAGCCCUACAGGUGUGAGGAAUGUGGGAAAGCCUUUGGUCAGAGCUCCAGCCUCAUCCACCAUCAGAGGGUGCACACGGGAGAGAGGCCCUAUGGCUGUCGUGAGUGUGGGAAGGCCUUCAGCCAGCAGUCUCAGCUGGUCAGACACCAGCGGACUCACACUGGAGAGAGGCCCUACCUGUGCCAGGAGUGUGGGAAGGCCUUCAGUCAGAGCUCGACCCUGGCUCAGCACCAGCGGAUGCAUGCGGGGGAGAAGCCUUCAGUUCCAAGAACCCUGGAUGGUGCCAGCCUCGUUGCCCACCAGAGAACCCAUGCUGCAGAGAAACCGUUUAAAUGUGACGAGUGUGGAAAGGCUUUCAGGUGGGUCUCUCGCCUUAGUCAGCAUCAGCUAACUCACACUGGAGAAAAACCGUAUAAAUGCAACAAGUGUGCGAAAGCCUUUGGUUGUAGCUCACGGCUUAUUCGCCACCAAAGAACUCACACUGGAGAAAAGCCAUUCAAAUGUGAUGAGUGUGGGAAGGGCUUUGUCCAGGGCUCCCACCUGAUUCAGCACCAGAGAAUUCAUACCGGAGAGAAGCCCUAUGAGUGUAGCGAUUGUGGAAAAGCCUUCAGCCAGAGCUCAAGCCUCAUUUACCAUCAGAGGAUCCACAAGGGGGAGAAGCCCUAUGAGUGCCUGGAGUGUGGAAAAGCCUUCAGUAUGAGCACGCAGCUCACCAUCCAUCAGAGGGUUCACACUGGGGAGAGGCCCUAUAAAUGCGGUGAGUGCGGGAAGGCCUUCAGUCAGAACUCAACCCUUUUCCAGCACCAGAUAAUUCAUGCUGGAGUGAAGCCCUAUGGAUGCAGUGAGUGUGGGAAAGCCUUCAGUCGGAGUUCAUACCUCAUCGAGCACCAGAGGAUUCACACGCGAGCCCAGUGGUACCAUGAAUAUGGGGGCACCCUGGAGGGUUCUACCCAUGUGAGCCGUAAAAAAGUUAACACUGUAAAGAAACUACACAAAUGUAACGAAUGCGAGAAAAUAUUCAGAUGGCGCUCGCAUUUAAUUAUACAUCAGAGGAUUCACACCGGAGAAAAACCUUAUAAAUGUAACGAAUGUGGUAAAGCCUUUAAUCGGAGCUCAAGGCUCACUCAGCAUCAGAAGACUCACAUAGAAUAGACCACACACCUCUGUAAAUGUACUUGUAUGUAAGUGGGAAUAAACCCACAGCCUUAACCUACUUAUUUUAUAUGGGAUAAUUGAUACUGACAAGUUGGAAUGUUGGUAAAGAUUCAAAAUUGUUCUUUUAAGAAAGGACAUCCAAGUUCAUACAAAGUAUGUCUUUUAUUUGUGGGAAUGUUUGACCUUACCCCACUCAGUAAAGCCUGUGUCUCUCGCAUCAGGGUGCCCACAUGUAGAGCUCAGGGUCUGCGGCAGAGGCCUAAAAGCCCCGUGAGCUCCGCCAUGUGAGACGCUCAAUGUCUCCAGCGCCAGUUACUCAGACUGGCUUCAGCACCAAGGAUGUGUGAGCUCACGUGCACAGAAGUCCGGAAGAGGCGUUACUGGAAUUUCCUUCUGCCUUCACCUCUGUCCUUUUCUUCCCCCAUCAGCAGCCCAGGCAGGCAGCCACCAAGGGUCCAGUUGAGUUUUUAGAUGGGUCAGCCACUUUGGUGAAUUGGAAGGACAGGUUGGGGCCAUGUCCAUUCACUUUGUUUCACAGAGCCCCUAGUUAAGGCCCAGAAGCCACAGAAUGAUGCAGACCUGCAGCACUGACCCCAGCCCUGCCCAAGGUCCUGUAUUCACCAGCCGUGAACGAGUCCGAGGCCAGGAGUCCUGUUCAGAGAGGCUGCUGCCCAGGGCCGCCCACUUGAGACCUGCUGACCUUUGGAGUCAUUGCCAUAGUCACAGGGGUGAUAUUUAAGAGACUCCCCUUCUCAGUGAAGAGGUUCACUUAUCCCACAUGUGGACAAGUAGACCAGAGGGCAGAGGUCACCUGAGGAUCUCUUGGGACACGAUUUGGGACACUAUCACAUUGGUUUGGUUAAGCCCACGGGCAGGUCCCCAGGACCUUGCCGCUUCAGUCGCCGUGCGUGGCAGAGCCUGUAGCAGGCUAUGGAUUGUGUCAGGUGAAGGAAGUGCUUGAUGGUUCCUCUGUUUUUGUGCCAGGAAGUUCCAGAACUUUCUGGUGAAAUUGGGAGCAGUGGAGUUGAACAUGAUUGGGUCCAUGUGAGUUUGUUUCUCCAACACAUGGGUGGAGUCUGGACCCUGCAGCUGGUCAGCCUGAUCGCUAGCUGCUGCUGUCCCCCACCUGGUGCCAGGACAGCAUGAAGGCAGGGUGCUUGCCUCUCCAGUUGCUCCUGCACUUGUGCCUGGAGUGGUCAGUGCCAGAAGACCAGGCGCUUCUGUGUAUUUUGCAGAGGUUAUCCUCAUUGUGUCCCCACCUCAGCUGCCAUAUUCAACCAGGUGGUCCCUGCUGGCACAUCUGGAUGGGUGGGCCCAAUCUGAAAGGGCCUUAAACAUUUUAGGCCAUCGAACAGGAUGAGAGUCAAGGUCUUCAGUGGAUAGGCCACCCCCCUGCCAUCUCCUGACACUUAGUGCUGUCGUGCACUGGGGAGGCCUCUCCAUCAGACCCUGCCUCCCUGGCUUCCUCCUGGUAAUGAGGGACUAAGGGGUGGAGGGUUUUAUGGACUCCCCAAAUGCCACCCUGGGCAGGAUACUCUUUCUUUCCCCUAACAGUAACAGCGGUCCUGGCAAGAAGGCAGAGCCUUCCACCUUAGGUCUGCUCCAGCACCCGAGUCUCUGGACAGUGUGGUCCUGGAUCCAGGGCUGGUGAACUGUGGCCUGUGAGCCAGACGCAGUCCACAUUCUGCUUUUGUGUGGUGUGUUAACCAGACACCGAGGCCAUCAAGACUGGGUGGCUUGAAUGCUUUCAGUCUGCCAGGCAGCCCAGAAGCUAAGCCCGUCAGUUCCGGCAGAUGCGCCUGGCACAGCCGGGCAGGCUUCCCAAGUGAGCCAGCUGCUUGAGCUGUAGCUGAUUGAACAGUUUCUGUGCUUUGCCUCUGUAUCUUUUUGAAAACCUCUCCCCAGCCGUCCUCCGCAGAGCGCUGGGUUUAGCACUAGCAGGUUCCAAACUGUGUUUGCUCAAGUAAACUCUGAAAUUUUAACAUACCUUAGUUUACCUUUUAGCAGUGCUAAGAAUGGUUUUUACAUUUUUAAACAAAAUGCUAUUUUGUGACCUUUGAAAUCAUACUGAAGUUAAAUUCCAGUGUGUGGUUUGUUUACUUAAAUGUCGCAAUACAACUGAGAAUUCAAGAGCACCCCAAGUCCUGCACUCCAGUUGAGAACAGCAGCUGUGGUACAGGAGGAGCAGCCUCUUAGCUGUGUCCAUGUGGAAAAGGUGUGCGUCACCAGCGGGUCACUGGGCAGGACGAAACGGUGGGCUGCCGUGGGGCUGUGUACAUUUUGGAAUAUUCUGUGCUACUUUCAAGCUAUGUUUCCCAAAUUGGGCUUCAGUAAAUAUAACAGUAAACUCAUUUUAAGGAUUUCCAGAACUGUUUCAGAGUAGGUUUUAAAAUACUUUGAACUUCUCUUU